GCAGGGAUGUGGGCUGCGCGGUCCCGGUCUUGGCCGAAAUUUUCCAGAUUGAACAUCAUCGCACGGCCGCAGAGGCAGCAACGUCACUCUUUGAAGUAUACCCUUGCACAUUGAAUCCUUCUCCAUACUCGGUCCUCUUUGACUACCACACACUCCAAUUCCUCUGUAUUCACCACUACCAUCGAAGCGCUCAUGGUACUUGCCCGCGUGGCCAACUUCCUCACAAACGGAGACUCUACCACCAACCUGACCGACGGUAGCCGGAGAAAUGUCGCAAACACAGCACACGCAGUGGAACUUCCCAUGGAGGAUACCAAGCGGGGAGCAAUGGACGACGAGAUAGAUGAGGAAGCAGCGCGGCCGCCAUACCUACAUGCAAUGCUGGCAGGAGGAAUAGGAGGAACGACGGGUGACAUGUUGAUGCAUUCACUGGACACUGUCAAGACGCGACAGCAGGGCGACCCGCACAUGCCUCCAAAGUACACAUCCAUGGGCAACACAUAUUACACCAUAUGGCGGCAAGAAGGCUUUCGAAAGGGCUUAUAUGGCGGGGUUCAGCCAGCGUUCCUCGGGUCUUUUGCAGGCACUGUGUGCUUCUUUGGGGCUUAUGAAUGGACAAAGCGAACCAUGAUUGACUAUGGGGUUGCGCCCUCGGUCGCAUACUUCUCAGCCGGUCUCCUCGCCGACCUCGCUGCUGCACCCGCAUACGUUCCAUCCGAAGUCCUCAAGACACGUCUGCAAUUACAAGGCCGCUACAACAACCCCUACUUUAACUCAGGCUACAACUACCGCGGCACCGUUGACGCUGCCCGAACAAUAGCAAGAACUGAAGGUUAUAGCGCCCUUUUCCAUGGCUACAAGGCAACGCUCUGGCGUGAUCUGCCUUUCUCAGCAUUGCAGUUUGCCUUUUACGAAGAAGAGCGGGAUUGGGCAAAGAGGUACAUGGGCUCAAAUAACAUCGGUCUGCCGCUUGAGAUUAUAACGGCAGGGACCGCGGGCGGUAUGGCAGGCGUCAUCACAACUCCCCUAGACGUAGUCAAGACGCGCAUUCAGACGCAACACAAUGGGCCAUCUCCUGCGUCUCCAAUUGCGCCCAAAGCCUCGCUGUCGCCCGCCACGGCCUCGAAACACUCCACCCCAUCGCAAACAACCAAGCCACCAUCGACUCAGAGUCGACCCAUCUCCACAUCCUCCCCUUCCACAACACUAAAAGCCCACGGCGCCGCCACCCUCGACACCUCCUCUGUCAUGACAGGCUUGAAGAUAAUAUACAGAACGGAAGGAAUUGCUGGGUGGUUCAGAGGCGUCGGACCGCGUGCGGUCUGGACAAGUGUACAGUCGGGAACCAUGUUGGUACUUUACCAAACGCUAUUGCGGUAUUUCGAGCAACAUCCCUUCGCGGGGUCUGAGGAUGUAUAACAAUAUUGUACGACUUGUAACAAUACAGGGAAUGGAGUAUGGAACGAGAAUAGGACAUAGAUGCAUCAGCGGCGUUCUUUGUAAAACCACGGUCGCUUUAUGCGCAUUUCCAAGCGAUAGAUUUGCGAACAACAAGACAUUUACACUCAAAAUACUUGGACUACCCUUCAAGAAGCGAUUCUAUCUCCCCCUCUGCUCACCUUCCUGGCCUGGUG